AUGAAGCUUCAGAUCGUCAUUGUUGCCCUCGCCGCUCUGCUGAUGCCCACUGACGGUGCGCUCCGACAGUGUGCUGGAGCAAGCAACAACAGAUACGAGAGCACGGGCUUCUUGACCGCCGACUUCACCAUCAAGGCAUGCGCCGCGUCGGGCGGCUCGAUCGACCCGAACAAGAGGGGCAACCAGAAGUGCUGCAACGUUCCCGAUGCCCGCCAAGGCGCUUUUAACAAUGCUUGCAAUGGGCAAAAGGCGGGCGAUAAGUUCCCGGGCUUUAAACCUCUUGCCCAGCCGUGCUAG